AUGGGCAGAGCAUUCGUAAGCACAAAGCGCAUAGCCAAGGGCACCGUCCUUUUGGAAUGCCAAGCGACAGGCAACUCCGUAGUGCUCCUCGACCAUCUCGUAGGCGAGCGCUGCGACGUGUGCCUCGCCGACACGGCCACGAAACCGUGCGGCAACAAAUCAUGCGCCGCGGUGCUCUGCGCGACGUGCAAACGGAGCCCGCAGCACGCGUCGGUCUGCGGCGCGGCGUCGCGCGAGCCGGUCCUCGUGCGGAGCCUGCUGCGCCUCGCCGCCGCGGAGCGGGCCGACGGCGCCGUCGCGAAGCAGCUCGACGCGCUCGAGAACCACCACGACGCCUACGGGCCCGAGCGCCGCGACGCGUUCAAGGCCGCGGCGGCCCGCGCCGCCGCGUUCUGCGGCGGCGACGCGCGGCGCCUCGCGCGCCACGCGGCGGCCUUCGAGUCGAACGAGUUCGGCGUCUCCGAGACGAAUCGGUGGCGGCAUGCGCCGCUGGAGCUCGGCGAGGAGAGCGUCGGCUGCGGCCUCUUCGCGGCCGCGGCGCCGGCGAACCACUCGUGCGCGCCGAACUGCGAUCCCGUCGUCGUCAUCGAGGCGGGCCGCGCCCCCGUCUUGCGUCUAAUCGCGCGGGCGGCGAUCGCGCCGGGCCAGCAGGUCUUCAUCGCGUACGUGCCGCUCUACGCGCCGGGCGAGCAGCGCCGGGCGUCCCUUCGAGACACGUACCUUUUCGAUUGCGCCUGCGCGCGCUGCCGGGCGGAACGGCGGGACGGCACGCCGGCCGCCGCGGUGCAGCGCGCGAUGGCCGGCCGCCUCUGCGCGUGCGGCGGGCUGCUGCGGCGCCCGGCGUGUUUUAGGUGCGGCCGGCGCGGGCGGCCGACGCGCGCGCACGCCGCCGCCGCGGCCGACCUCGGGCGCGCCCUCGCCGCCGUUCACGGCGACGGGUCCGCCGCCGCGUUCGACGCGCUCGAGCGCUCCGACGAAAAAGCGGCGCCGUACCUGCACGCGUUCCACGCGUUGCGGCACGCGUCGCGCGUCGCGAGGCUGGGCGGGGCGGUCCUGCGCGGCGACGGCGUCCCCGAGGCGGCCGCGGCCGUCGGGAAGUCGCUGCGCCGCGCGCAGAUCGGCGACGAGUUCGCGCCGUGGCUUGAGACCGUUCGGGCGCUGAAGCGCCGGCGGCCCUCCGGCUCAUCGUCUUGAUUUUCAUUUUGUCGUGUGAUUUCUUUCUUUGGCCCCCGGUAAGUGUCCC